AUGGUUGUUAUUGUUGCGUCGCUAUUCCUCCCAUUUCAACCUCAGUUUGAAAUCACUACUUCUAAAGGUGAGGAAGCUGGUUUAAAUGAGGCUAAGAGUUCCAAAAAUGCAGAUACGGGUGGUCAGAACUCUUCUGAGCCCUCUGGUGGUGUCGGUUUAAAGCCUCAGAAUCCGUCGUCUGCACAUUCUUUGACUUCGCCCUUCUCAUCAUGCGCUGAUCACAAUAUAGAAACAGAGGAAGAGGUGGCUAUUGUCAGUUCUGUAAGCUGCGAAGCUGCCAAAAUGAGUGGAUCUCGGUCGGUGAUUAGUUCGCAGCUUUUUAUGGAGAAUCUUACGUCUAAUGCGUCUAAUUCGGCAGUAGGAACACCUGUGAAUCACGUGUAUAACCAUGGGAAUACUUCUGUGGAGGAAUUUUUUGCUUCAGGAGCAGUAAACAAGCUUAAGGAAACAGAUAUUUCAUCGGAGGUAUAUUCAACUGUGUCGUCGCCUGCUAGUGAAUCGUUAUCAAGUGGGCAGCAGCUGGGCGCGGGAAUUAACAAUGUAGACUCAACAGCAGCCCUUUUGAAGCAUGUCAAUAAGUCUCUUCUUUACCAAUCAGUGCUAGCAGGGAAUCUUUCUACUACAGCAUUGGAGGGAAAUAAACAUAUCACCAGCAGUACCGUGAAAAGCACUGUAAUUACUCCUAGGUCAAGACAGCUCCCUGAGGUGAGCAGUAGCGUCUCCGGAGUACAGAAGGGAAAGCAACCGCAUAUAAACCUGCCUGCAAUGAGGCGGUUGCCCCGUAAAUCUUCAGGUACCGUUCCAACAACUAAUACCCAUUCCAGUUUAAAGUACCCUUUGAAAUUAUAUGACGAUGGAGAUCAAGAUUUGAAGGAACAAAAUUCUGCUGACUCUCCACAGCCACAAUCAUCGGCCAAGGAGCCUGUUGUUAAUGAACACGACAGUGAUGUUUCAAUUGAAUACGACUUGGCCCUUGAUGAUAAUGGUAAGCACAGUAAUAGAGUCCCCAAGUUUGGUGGUUGUUCAAUAAAUGCUAAACUGAGAGCUGAAUUGCUCUUAAAUUCUCGGAACAUUUUUAAAACAGCACCUUGGAAAAUUGUCCCAAGCAUUAAAGGUAAUGGUGGUCUCAAAAACGCUUUAAGCACUGCUUUGUUAGAGAAGACGAUCGAUCAGCCUGUUUUGUGGGUUGGUACCGUCGGAAUACCUACUGAUUCAAUACCUAGAGAGGUUUUAAAUAAUAUAACUGGUCAGUUGUCAAAUGGUUUUCACUCCAGGUCAGUUAUAGUAGAUGAUAUUACGUUUCAAGGAGCAUACAAGAAUUUUUGUAAGCAGAUCUUAUGGCCAACUCUAAAUUACCAGAUUCCAGAUAACCCCAAUUCAAAAGCCUUUGAAGAUCAUUCGUGGCAUUAUUAUCGAAGUUUAAACCAACUGUUUGCUGAUAGAAUUGUGGAUUCAUAUCAGGAUGGUGAUACUAUCUGGGUUCAUGACUAUCAUUUAAUGCUUGUUCCUGGUAUGGUGCGUAAAGUGUUACCAAAUGCGAAGAUUGGUUUCUUUUUGCAUGUUUCAUUUCCAAGUAGUGAGGUUUUUAAGUGCUUUGCUCAAAGGGAAAAGAUUCUUGAAGGCAUAUUAGGUGCUAACUCUGUUGGCUUCCAAACAGAGGAAUAUGCCAGACAUUUUCAACAAACAGCAAACAGGUUGUUAAUGGCUGAUGUGGACUCUCACAAUUUGAAAUAUAAGGGACGUAUUAUUGCCGUGGAAAGCACUCCAAUUGGAGUUGAUGUCUUUGAUUUAGAACCACAAGUUAAUUCAGAGCGUACUAUAGAAUGGAGAAGGCUAAUCCGUGAACGUUGGGCAGGCAAAAAGUUGAUUGUUAGCCGUGAUCAAUUUGAUAGGAUUCGUGGGAUACGAAAGAAAAUGUUAGCUUAUGAAAGAUUUUUGAAGGAUAAUCCCGAGUAUAUUGAUCAAGUCGUACUCAUACAAAUUUGCCUGGGCUCUGGUUACGAUUCUGAACUAGAAUGUGAAAUUAUGGCAGUUGUUGAUAGGAUCAACGCUAUGUCACGGGACAUAAGUGUUAGCCAACCAGUGGUGUUCUUGCAUCAAGAUUUGCAAUUUCCACAAUAUCUGGCGCUCAGUAGUGAAGCUGACAUGUUCCUUGUUAGCACGAUGAGAGAAGGGAUGAAUUUAACCUGUCACGAAUUUAUUGUUUGUUCCCAAGAAAAGAACGCUCCCCUCGUGUUGUCGGAAUUUACCGGUAGUGCUCAUGUAUUGAGUCCCGGUUGUUUUUUGAUAAACCCUUGGGACAUUAGACAAGUAGCGCAAACUAUUAAGGUAGGCCUUGAGUUAUCCAAAGAGGAGAAGAGGCGUCGUUGGAAAAAGAUGUAUAAGAGUGUUAUUACUCAUGAUUCAGAUCGUUGGAUCGUCUCAUCUUUAAACAUUAUUUCUAGCUCCUGGGAAGCUAACCAAGAAAGAUCUAAAGUUUACAAUCUUUCUUUUGCUAAGAUAAAUAAUGGAUUUAUCAAUUCAAAAAGGCGUAUGUUUAUUUUAAAGAUUUCCGAGCCCCCUACUGCACGUACGUUGGCUGUCCUUACUGAGCUCUGUACUAAGAAUAUCGUCUAUGUUCUGAAUUCCCUUUCCCGUUCAAUGUUAGAGCGGCUAUAUAGUCGUGUUCCAAACAUUGGCUUAAUCGCUGAAAAUGGCGCGUUUAUCAGAGUCAGUGGUAUGUGGUACAAUCUAGUUGAGGAUGUGUCUUGGAAAGAAGAUAUAGUAAAGGUUUUUGAGGAUAAAGUCGAAAGGCUUCCUGGUUCUUACUACAAGAAGGGUGAAACCAUGAUCAAGUUCCAUACAGAGAACGCUGAAGAUCAAGAUCGUGUCUCAAAUGUGGUUGGGGACGCCAUUACUCAUGUCAAUACCCUAUUUGGUGAUAGAGGCGUUCAUGCUUAUGUCCAUAAAAACAUUGUUUUCGUGCAACAGUCUGGGUUGGCUAUAAAAGCCAUCCAGUUUACUUUGAACCAUUAUGCAACCAUUAGUGAUACCUCCGAUUCCACCCCGCUCGACACCCCUCUGGCAUCACCUCUGAUGAGUCCGGUUGCUAUCCCAGCAAUAUCUUCUUCGAGCACCACCAGUUCCAAGCAAUCAAGCGCCGCCACCAAUGCAAGCUAUAUCUCCAAGAGCAGGUCGUCUACCCUGGUAGACUUCCUCUCUGUGAGCGGCUCGUCCUCGCCAAUCAUUGAACCGUUAUUCCAAUAUGUAAAUGACCUGGCUAAAAGAGGGGAAAUUUCUUACUGUUACACAAUUGCAUAUGGAAACGCCAUCACUACAUAUGCCAAGGAGCAUGUCCAAGGUCUGAAUGAACUAUUUGGCACCUUAGGUCGUUUAGCAGCCUUAUAG